AUAUUAAAGAAAUGAGUUUAGAAAGACUAGCAAGAAACUACAAGGAAACUUUGGCUGAAUUUGGAGAUGCUCAUGCCAAACUGAGACAUAACAAAGCCAUUAUGAAGAGACUUGGAAAAGUAUUCAAAGGAUGAGUUACUAGCCUGAUCAAAAUCCAAAAGGACAUUAAGAUACAUAUAAAGCAACCAGACGUGAGUGACACCUUGGCCAUCCAGAAUCAGUCUGAGGAGAUCCUUUUUAAUUAUGUGGAGUCUUUGAAGGAUACUAUGCAUAACCUCUGCAAUACUCUCAGCCAUGACAUGCACAAGAAGCUGAAGGAGUUUGGAGGAACCCUGAAGAAAACGAAAGCUGAGAACAAGAAAUCAGUCAAAGGAGUCUCCAAGGCAUACUUUAAUUCCACCAAGAAGGCUGACAAGCUCAGGAAAGCUCACAAAGAAGGUCAGGAGCAUAAUGAAGCAACCCUGCUAGCAAUAGAGAGGGAGAAAGCAGACAAGACUCUGUACAAAUUCUACGUUGAAUUCGCUACGAAGUCAUAUAAAAGAGAUAUAGUCAGGACCUUCAAGCAGAUCGACGGCAUCCUGAAGAAGAAAGUUAACCUUAAGACUAAUCAGAAGAGUAAGAGUGGACUGAAAUCACUCAAGCCUUGGAAGAAAGAAAGCUCCCCUUCAAAACUCCAGCGUGAAGAAGAGAAGGCAGAUUCUUCUCAACAGGCUCUUGAGCAUGGUGAAUGCACCAAGAAAAUAUUAAAGAAGGUUCAAUUUGAAGAAAACCUUAACUACAGACCUAAGGAAGAAAGGAAGGUAACCCUUGACGAAGAGGACGACACUGAUGAUGAAGACUCUCCAUUAAAGAGCCCUGAUAACUCAGAUGAAGAGGUUACAAUAAUCGACCAGAUCACCAAGAGUUGUGUUCUUGACCCUAAAUCUGUCUCCAAAGCACUAGAGCCAGAUUCCGAGCCUACUCCUCAUAAAGACUAUCUCACAAGAAGAUUCUCUCAGGUACUAGGAGACGACCCUGAAAUGAUGGUGCAGUUCCAGAAUUAUAUUACUCAAAAUUAA